UUAGCGGGCUGUUUUCGGUGCGCCCGUGCCGUGCGACGCCACGCUCCCCGUGAUUUAGGGAACUUAUUACUUUCUUAUCUGCGUGCGAUAACUAGCGGGGGGUGAGUGCUCGUUCAUUGAAGUGAGCCACCGUGACUCCAGAUGAACGGACCCACGCGGGGUCUGCCAAUGAUUCUUCAUUUUUCAAGGACCUCCGCCACUCCUACCGGAGAGACCUAACGGAGAAGCGGCGCGUGCUGGCGAGGGCAGGGGAAAGCGGACCGAGAGGGCAUGUCUGUUUCAAACAUCUGUCUUAACAUGAAAUUAUACGUCAAGGGUAGCAAUGGAUAACGUUUCAGUGGCCAGUCGAAAACUACUACAACUGUUUGGCAACUUGAGAUAGCUUUCAGAAAAAAACAACUUUCUGAAUGACGGUAGUAGGUUAUCAGCAUCGUUUCGCUGAUUGCCUCGUGAAGAUUCGCUGCGUUCUGAAGAGUCUUAUCGUCAUGAGUUGGUGCUCAGCUAUCUGGAGCAAGAUAUUGCUGAGGCUGUAAAACAACAUUGCGAGCUGCUUGGUUUGUUACUUCAGUUCAGUCGCACUGCACGUGUGGUGGUGGUGGGCUUGUCUUGACGUGACGACGUAACUAAUAUUAACCAAAUCAAUACAACUUGCACUCGUCUUGGACUUCAAAGGAUCAAAGCUCCGUUAGUUGCCGCUGCGUCCCAUCUGAUAACUUUGACAUCGGUACUUUGACUUUGAUAGCCUUUUUUCUCUCCUCUAACCACCAUGUUUGUCGCUGGACGACUUUUCUUGUUGUGCGGCACUACGGGUCAUGAUUUGUUUGUUUAUUUAAUCGGAUUUGGGAGCAAGAUAGGUGGCCCAUAAAACAACAAACUGUUCUGUGUUUGUGUUGUGAGUGCCGCUGAAAACCUUUAACGCACCAAGCGAAGCGGUUUGUUUCUUGGCUUGGCACUGCAGUGCCCAUUCUCUUAUUAUUAGUUUCCGAAAACGGUUAACUCGCGUAGGCUACUCAAGUCGUUAUAACAAUGACUUCGGUUGCAUUUCAGCGCCAUUGGUUGAUCAUUAAAUAAAACCCUCGGGGGCACUAUCUAGUAGAAGUAGCAGCCCUUUAGGCUUCUAUUUCCGUAGUAAGAGUUUAUGGUUUUGAUAAUGAUGUUGGGAAGUCCGAGUUCGGCCAACAACGGCGGGAUCAGGAUGCUAACUCCCCCGGCUCCCAGCGACGACAGGCGGGUUGAGUUUGUCGCCCUGACCGCUGUCCACACCGAGAGAAGCGAGCCCUCCACUCCCGAGAGGGGACACCCGUCUCACCGGACCGGGCUGCUUGGGACCCCGCUGCCAGGACCCCCGGGACCGCGGGCCAACGCUUCGGGGUCCAGCAAGCGCUUCAGAAAGUUGCAGAAUUUCCUGUACAACGUCUUGGAGAGACCGCGAGGAUUUGCGUUCAUCUACCACGCGUUCAUUUUCCUGCUGGUGUUCAGCUGUCUGGUACUGUCUGUCUUCUCCACCAUCCCCGACCACCAGAAGUUCGCCAACGAAGGACUCUUCAUCCUGGAGUUUGCGAUGAUCGUUGUGUUUGGUCUGGAGUACUUCGUGCGUGUGUGGGCUGCGGGCUGCUGCUGCCGCUACAGGGGGUGGCAGGGACGACUUCGCUUCGCCAGGAAACCCUUCUGUGUCAUAGACUUCAUCGUGUUCGUGGCGUCGAUGGCGGUCAUCGCGGCGGGUACGCAGGGCAACAUCUUCGCCACGUCGGCGCUGCGGAGCAUGAGGUUCCUGCAGAUCCUCCGCAUGGUGCGAAUGGACCGACGAGGAGGCACCUGGAAACUACUGGGAUCCGUGGUGUACGCACACAGCAAGGAGCUGAUCACCGCCUGGUAUAUCGGUUUCCUGGUGUUGAUAUUCGCCUCCUUCCUCGUCUAUUUGGCCGAGAAGGACGUCAACACUGAGUUCUCCACGUACGCAGACUCCCUCUGGUGGGGCACGAUCACGCUGACUACGAUAGGCUACGGUGACAAGACGCCCCACACCUGGCAGGGUCGCCUGCUGGCAGCCGCCUUCGCUCUCCUCGGGGUCUCCUUCUUCGCCCUCCCAGCUGGUAUCCUGGGGUCGGGGUUUGCCCUGAAGGUGCAGGAGCAGCACAGGCAGAAGCACUUUGAGAAGAGGCGGACGCCUGCAGCCAACCUCAUACAGGCUGCGUGGCGUCUGUACUCUACAGAUGCGCGGCGCUCCUACUUGACGGCCACCUGGUACUUCUACGACAGUAUGCUUCCGUCCUUCAGGGAGCUGACGCUCCUCUUCAGCCACCUCCAGCGGCAGCGCAGCCACAAGAAGUUCCUGACCAACUCCUACCACACCCUACUGUCAGGGCUCAAACCCUACACCGCCCCCUACCUGCCUGGAGACAGGAAGUCUGAGGCCAGGUGUGUUGCUCUCGUUUCUAAAAAGCGGGGUCUCUUCCGGAUCCAUGCGGGCCGCAAGCAGAGCGGCAGCAAGAUGGGUUUCCGGGACCGCAUCCGGAUGAACAACUCGCGCUCGUCGCAGGCCAUCCGCAACAAGGCGUCCCCCGUGGGGGGGCCCACUGGCGCCACCGUGCGGCGCUCCCCCAGCCAGGAGAACGUUGCCGAGGUAACGAGCCCCGGGAAGGUCCAGAAGAGCUGGAGCUUCAACGACCGCACGCGAUUCCGCACCUCGCUACGACUCAAACCCAGACCACCCGCUGACGUGGAGGGGGCAGGGGAGGAGAGUACGGAGGAUAAGCCCUACUGUGAUGUCACCAUGGACGAGGUCAUUCCCGCCGUGAAGACUCUGAUACGCGCUGUCAGGAUUCUGAGGUUCCUGGUGGCUAAAAGGAAGUUUAAGGAGACUCUGCGGCCGUACGACGUGAAGGACGUGAUCGAGCAAUACUCCGCAGGACACCUCGACAUGCUGGGCAGAAUCAAGAGCCUACAGACCAGGGUGGACCAGAUAAUUGGCCGUGGGACGGUGCAGACGGAUAAGAAGGGAGAGAGGAGGGAGAAAGGAGAGAAGCCGCCCCCCGACCUGGAAGGCAUGGAGGAGCUGAGCAUGCUGGGACGUGUAGUCAAAGUGGAGAAACAGGUGCAGUCCAUUGAGAACAAGCUGGACCUACUGCUGAACUUCUACUCCCAGUGCCUGAAGAAAGGCUCCUCCCACCUGAUCCUCUCCUCCCAGCUGGAACCGGACCAGAAGGCCUCGUCCCAUUUCACGCUCUCCUCCCUGCUAGAACCGGACCUGACGUCGGACUACCAAAGCCCCACCGACCAGAGAGACCUCUUCCCCUCCGCUAACACCCUCAACAUCCCCCAGUCCGAUAGCAACCCCAACAUGGACUGAACCGGGUCGCAAGACCCAACAUCUCCACUGUCCAACAUCCAGAACCGGGCCAGCCUAACACCUUCAACAUCCCCCAGUCCGAUAGCAAUCCCAACAUGGACUGAACCGACCCGGGCCAACAAGACCCAACAUCCCCCCACUCUCAAAUCCUGAACCGGGCAAAGCCGACAAGACCCCUUGACAUCGCCCCUCUCGCACAGAACCCCAAUAUGGACUGAACCAGGUCAGCCAUAUACCCUCAACAGUCUGAUAGCAACCUCAACAUGAGCUGAACCGGGCCAACACCCUGAAUAUCCCCCCACUCUCACCUCCUGAACCGGGCCAACACCCUGAAUAUCCCCCAGUCCGAUAGCAACCCCAACAUGGACUGAGCCAACCGGGCCAACAAGACCC